AUGGCCUCUCAGGUUGAACCACCUUUGGCAGAAAAAGAAUUAGCUAAUUGGUUUAUGGAUAUUGUACAACCAAUGUUCUAUGAGAGGAUGGUGGGCAGUGUGUCUGCAAGUUUUUCUGACUUGGUAGCUCUAGGCAUUAAAGUUGAACUCAGUUUGAAGAAUGGAAAGAUGAUUAGUGCUGUUGGAACUUCUAAUAAUAACAAUGCUAAGAAGUUUCCCGGAAAUUCAUACCCUGUGCAGUAUGUUCAACAACCAUAUGUGGCAACAAUUGGGCCAUAUUUCAACCAACAACAAGUACCUAUUUAUCAACUAGUUCAACGAACACCAAUUCAUCAACUCGCUCAAGUUACUCCUGCAUAUCAACAAGCGCCUGCGGCCCUAACAUAUCAACAACCAAGAGCUCAAGCUCCUCGUCAGAAUGCACCAACUCAAAAUAGAAGACAAGGUGUUAAACCUCUCUUCAGUCUAAUUCUGAUGAUGUAUACUGAGUUAUAUCCUUCUCUAUUGCAAAAGGGGUUAGUGGUUCCUAGACCUUUGGGUCCACCUCCUCAUCCUUUGCCUCCAUGGUAUAACCUAAAUUCGCAUUUCCCUUUCCAUGAGGGUGCACCUGGGCAUGAUUUUGAAGGGUGUUACGCUUUGAAGCAUAUAGUGCGAGAAUUCAUGGAAAAGAAGAUUUUUUUUCAUUCAGAGACUUGGGGCCUAAUGUCAAGAGUAAUCCUUUGGCCAGCACAUGGAACUGUUAAUGCGGUUGAAGAAGCAUUUGAUGGUGAUGUGAUCAAAGAUGUUGCAAAUAUCAAGACUCCUUUGCUAGCAUUCCAUGCGAGAUUGGUGGAAGCUGGUUUGGGAGUGCUACAAGUUAGUAGCCUCGUGAGAAGAGAUGAAGUAGUUGCAAUUGAGCCAAUUUUCAAUUUACCAGAGCCAAUUGAGAUAACCUAUCGAAGAAAAGAUAUUGUUCAGUCGGUUAAUUAUCCGUCACCCGUGCUUAUCUGCGUGCCUAGUCCUUUCCCCUACGGAAGUACUAAGGCAGUACCAUGGAAAUAUGAUAUAACUAUCAUUGACAAAGAGUCUGAAGAGAGUAGACAAGAGAAAAGUUUGAAGGUUGAUGGUGCCGAUGUCACAAACAUCGCAAGGACGGGCCAAAUGAUCCGCAAUGGGCGAAUUUACACUCCCCAGUUUAAUGUGACCUCUCAAGUACCAACCAAAGAAAUUGCAACCGCAAUCCCUAUUAGGGAGAAAAAUAUGGUUAAAUUCAAUGAAGAUGCUGAAUUUUUGAAGAUCAUUAAAAAGAGUGAUUACAAAGUAGGUGAUAAGUUGCACCAGACGUCAUCAAAAAUUUCCAUUUUUUCCUUGCUUAUGUGUUUCCCAACUCAUAGGAAUGCAUUAUUGAAAGUGCUAGUGCAAGCCCAUGUCACUCAAGAUAUAACGGUUGGCCAGUUUGAUGGAGUGGUUUCCAAUAUCACAGCUUGCAACACCCUGAUUUUCAAUGGUGGAGAGUUGCCAAAGGAAGGACAAAAUCACAAUCGCGCCUUACAUGUCUCAGUGAAGUGCCAAGAGGAUAUUCUAGCAAGAGAUUUAGUGGAUACAGGGUCCUCCCUCAAUGUUCUACCGAAGAGGACACUUGCCAAAUUAGCUUUUCAAGGAUCAGAAAUGAGGCCUAGUGCACUAAUUGUCAAAGCAUUUGAUGGGUCCCGGAGGACCGUGAUUGGUGAAGUGGAGUUACCAAUUUUGAUUGGUCCACAUGUAUUUAACAUAACUUUCCAGGUCAUGGAUAUCAAUCCUGCCUACAUUUGCCUAUUGGGGAAACCUUGGAUACAUGUCGUUGGGGCAGUAACCUCCACUUUGCAUCAGAAAUGA